UCCAUGCACGGUAGCUGUCUUCCUGACUGACUUCCUGAUUCACUUAAGGGCGUAUAUAGGCUUGUCAAAGUGAGUGGGAAGACUGUAUAGGUUAGAUGUUCCUGUUGCUACCCCACGUAUAGUAAACAGGCAGUGAACUAUUAGGGAAGACUCGCCAGAGGUUUUCAAGCUAGUGCCAUAUCUGAGUGAUUUCUGGCUGUCAAUGUUGGGAAUAUACGCCACUCCAGAAUGAGCACGGCUCUGAAAGUAAAACUCGAGAGAUCACUAAGCCAACCAAGAGUUCGAGACGACAAUGACGUCAGACAGGACGAAAACGCCGAGCCUCACCCAGGACAUCGGUACUACACACCUCAACCCGACUGUAAGAAGCCUCAGUUACUCCCGAAGCCUGGGGUCCCAACACCAAGCAAGACCACCAUCUCCCCUCAGAUCAACGAGUCUGAUACUAAGCCCGACACUAUAGAAUCCCCGGCAGAGGCUGCGAGACACGAUGAGGGCACCAAGGAGGCAGAGGACCGAGAAAAGGCCACGGUGCCCAAUGGUCACGUGCCGGCUGACAAGCAAACUGGAGCCCCGAACUCGGCACGGCUUAAGGCUUUACGAGCAGCGAGUACCAUGGAACCCCUCACGCCCAGAAGGAAAGCCCCCAGCCGGCCUCCGCUUGGAAAGAGACGAACAUCAGACACACAGCUACAAGUCAUUGAACAGCUGAUGAAGAGGAACGAGUCUUUCAAUCCUAAAGCCUCAGCUUCGUUAAAACGAGGUUCCGGUAACAAGGUUUCCAGGUCUGCAAGUAGCGCAGGCCUCCUUUCUGCUUCCCCGGAUCGACGAAGCCGACCUCAGUUCCUUACUCCACAACCAACUCGCCGUAAAUUCAACCUCGUCGACCGGACGCCUUCCGUCAAUGACGGGUCGCCGAUUGGACCCGUAGCUCGUCUGGCUCAAAAAACCAAACGCCUCACUUCCCAAAACAGCUGGGACUCAGCCCACAGUUCGGAUCCGUCCCCCUCACCAAGCCCUCACACCCCCGUCAGCCCCUUAGCAGCGCCUGCAUUCAAAGCUAAAAAGAUGACCUCCCCAAGCAGUGCAGACUCCGGACAAAGCGCUGAAUCGUCCCCGUCUCCUACUCCUCAUACCCCAGUAAGUCCCCUAGCCCUCCCUGCCUUCAAAACCAAGAAGCUUAACUCCCAGCAAAGUUCGGAUUCCGGUCUUAGCCCUGACCUAUCUUCAUCGCCCAGUCCUCAUACCCCUGUAAGCCCGCUAGCAGCACCAGCAUUCAUCGGACGUGUGCGGCAGAGCGUCCGGCCUGCUCCACCGGUGCCUGACUCGCAGCAGAGAAACAUUGAUUUUCAUCAGUGGAAAGGACCAGAUAAGGAAAAACAAUGGACUAAGCCAGAGAAGUCACACUCUGGAACCAAAGAUGCAAUUUCGAGAAAUAGACCCAUCAGUAUGCCCAACAACAUCCGUCGCGUCAGCCGGGGCUCAGUCAAUAAGUCCAAGCAGCGACAGUCAACCGUGAGACAGCAGGUAGCGGCUCGGCAGCUAGCUUCUACAGUUACACGGCCCGCCUCACCAGCCAUCGGCCGCUCUACCUCCACAAGACACCGUCACCAGAGCGCCCCGGCCGGACGCGUGGCUCUGGCGCUCAAGCACGACCCAACGGGCCCAGUUACUAGCAGCCUGACCGGCGGAGAAGCACCGCUCAAUACCACCAUUUCUACCGGGAUACGACGGCGUCACGCCUCAGACAGCCUGCGUAAGGAGGUUCUACGCUCCGUCAGCAUGGAGAGAUCCAGGAAGAUGUCACUCAUGAGCGAUGAGGGGAGGGGCUUGGAGGAGGUUACGCCCCUCGGAAAGGCUGAUAAUGAUUUCCGAGAGGAGAUGAUAAGAUUGAAGACCGGUCUGGACCAACCUGAUAUGCAUGACUCUAGCACCAGAUCUCUCAAUGGAAGCACCAAAGCAUCUCCCAGGAGGUUUGUUUCAGCAGACAACCGAAGCGUCUACAGUGAUUAUCCGUCUACCUUCACUAAUUCACCCGGUCCUUCUCCGACCAGGCAGAGGCCAAAACUUCGACGUGGACGCAGCUCAAGAACCUCGCUAGGAUCCUUCAAGAGCAUGCUGGCUAGCAACGAGUUCCUCAACGACAUCUUCCUGAGUGACCGUAAAUCCCACCGUAAGCUGAAGGGCAUCGUGGGCGCUUUAGCCGGUCUGGUUCUCGGGUGUUGUUUGUUCCUCGGUGUCUACUACGGUUUGGAGUACAGCCUCAUCGCUUCUAUCGUCAUCACCGUGGUUGCCACGAUCAUCAUGUGUCUCUCGCUCGCGCUUACUGUUCGAGCUCGCUGUGUUGCAGCUUUGAUGGUUCCCACGCUCUGUACAUCCAGGGGCAGAGCUGCCUUCCUUGCAGUCAUUGUAACGUUACUUCUGACUGGUCCCAUCGAUAAUAUCUACACCAACGCAAAAGUGGCAUCCGAAUCUAUGAGUUGUAGCGCAGAGUUGGCUAAGAAUCAGACCAAACUCAUCCAAGACGCAGCCAAGGAGAUCUUCGAUGUGUAUGUCCGGAAUCUCAUGGACAGCGUGAGGAAACUACAAGAUGCAGCCGAGGCCGUACAUGACGCCUUCCGACCCGUUGAGAAUGUCCUCAAUGAAUUUGUCCAAAUUAUCGGGAAUGCUGGCGAAGCCCUUCGAGCAGCCGCCAGUAUGUGCAGACAAAUCAUCAAUGGGGCGUAUAAAGAUUGCUCUACGGGUGUUAACAUUGCAUACAAAGACUGUAGAGCAGCCUUGGGCCAAGUCCCAGACAUUGGAAGCGCCCGAUUAGAUGAAGUCUGCAACCUUUUAAACUUCGGUCAGGAAGUUUGUGGUCUUCUGCGUAAUGCUGAUGGUAUAUGCGAAGCCCCAACACUGCUCGACGAUCUGAUUGACACUGCCCUCAAAGCGACUCAAGGAGCUCUAGAAGACCUCCGCAGAGUGUUUGACACGGACGUGGACUUCGAAACCUACUGGGAGAAUCGACAAAACCAAAGCCAGUCAUUUGAAUCCAUCCAGGGUGCCAUCCAACAAGAGUUGGAGGAUUCUCUGUCUUUUCUUAAUUCGGCCUUCUCCAUAGUUGACAAGAUCGUGGCCCUGUCUGUAUUGUUCCUGCUGUUCCGGUCCUACAAGUAUCACAGUAAGUACCGUACAAAGGACCGCUUUGAUAACUACUACGUGACUAAAGAGUUUAAACUCCUGGACGAGAAGAGGCAAGAGUCCGGCCGAGAUCCGAUACUCCCCCUGAAAAAGUCGGAACGGCGCCGUCUGAUCGACUUGUCUUCUGUGUUGCUGAGUAAACCAGAGAAGGGUCUGUUUAAGUUAGGUAUGGUGACGGUUCUUCUCCACGUUGUGAUUGCAGCUGUCCUGGUCUUAGCUGACUAUGGUCUGUUCUGGUUGCUGUCACUGAUUUCCCGACACGGUAAGGUCAAGUUUGAGAUCUCAGGUGGGGGAGGUACAGAUCUUACCAUCGGCGGUACGGGAGUCCUGUCUCAACUCAUCCAGUCUCUCUUUGUGGAAGGGUUUGCUGCCGCCAGUGAAUUCAACGUUUCACUGGACACGGAGCACUGCCUUCCGAAUCCCAACCCACCAAAUGAAAAUCUGUCCAUUGGUAUCGGGGUUCUGUAUCUCAUCGCUAUACUCAUGGUGCUAUCCCAGGCCUACGCCCUGCGCCUGCGAAGGCGUAUUGCCUCGUACUUCUACCCGGAACGGGAGCUGGAGAGAAUCAAUUUCCUCUACAACCACACCCUCCAGAGGCGACAGAAUCUCUUCAAGCUGCUGAAGCAGCGAAUCAGGCAGACGAAGCAUGAGAUGGAUGUAGAGCAAAGGGUCAGCUUCGUAGCUUACCUGUCUGCAAAAUAUCCCUGCUGGAGAAAAGUCUUCCGUUUCUUGGGCCAGGAGAAGCGAGUGUGUCUCGGCUGUGCCGAUGUGGACAACGGUACAUUCAAGUCGUGUGGUAACCCAGACUGCCGUGGGCUGUAUUGCCGGGAAUGUCUGCAUGAAAUCGGCAACACAUGCACGCUAUGUCAGGAGAUAGUUGUUGGGAGCGAUAUGUCCAUAGGAGUUGUUGAGAAUAGAGUUUGAGCAAUAUUAGAACCUCAGCAUAUUUUCACGAGCAUUUAGGACACUAAAGCCUACCAGAAUACCUGUUUUUCUUCAGCCCAUUAAAUUUAAACAAAUGACGCUAGUUAUACUGUUUUAGAAUGGUGCACAAAAGUAUACUUUCAUGAUGUUUAAGUUAUUGAUGAGGCAUUAUUGAUAAAGGGCAUGAUUUUUACCAGUAUAUAUUACUUUCAGUAAAUCACAUCGGGUUAUGAAAUGUUACGCGGUCGCACGACCUUAUUCCGUCAAAAUAGGCUAGAGCAAUAAACUAACCGCCAAAUUGUAGAAAUGUAAGUGUAAAAUGUAUUAUAAAAUGAAAGCAAUGUGCUUUAAUUACAUUUGCCCUUCAUGCAUUCUUAAUUUAUGCAAUUUGCCUUAAAACUGCCAAAUCUGCCAGUCGAUUACUAUGGAUUACAUAUUUUGUUGUGAAAAUAAACGUCAUAUAAUAUUAAAUAAAUAUAAAAUGUAGGUGUUGUAACUUGAAAUUGAUGUGAUAUAAAGGGAAAAAUGCUUGGCCAGUUUUAAAUAAUCUGUUUAAGACCGGUUGGAGUCUGGAUGGUAAUAGUUGCCGGCCAGCACAUAUUUAUUCCCAUUUAUAAAUACAUGUGUGGUCUAAGAGUGAAAAGUAUUGGUCCAAAAUUCAAAACAAGUCAAAAAUUUAAAAUUUCCAACGAUUUUGUCAAUAGUUUUACUUUAUUAUGGUAUGUCCAUGCCGUUAACAACUCCUUAUAAGGAGAUUGGCGAGCGCGUCGCGCUAGCCUUUUACGAAGGCUGUCUACUUGUUCCCCGAUCUGAACGGCCGCUACCGCACAAUUAUACCCAUUGUACUGUACUUGCCACAACGCAGCGCCGCGCACACUAGCAGGAAGCUAAAGGUAUGCCCUUGCUUUCCCCCACACAUAUUCGUAAACAGUACGUAAAGACUA